CGACUGCAGAUCCAAUUUCCUUACCACAACCCCUACCAAAACCUACUUCAAAUUCAUGUCCCUCUACAAGACCUAUGUACGCAACUUCUUCGGAAUCUGAUUCUCAAAUUUCAUUUGCGCCAUCCUCUGUUGUUGGCCUGGAAGAUGAGGCAAAAACGUUGAUGGAUGAUUUGUGCAGCGAGAGCGCACCAACACCAACACACUGUUCUCUUUUAUCUAGAUCUGAUGACAUCUUAGAGGUUGUACCCCAUGUUAUAUCUGAGCCAGACACCUCUGUCAAUUUGGGCAUCGAGGCAGUGUUCACACCUUACAAUCUAACACUUAUGGUUGUGCCUCAGGUUCGAUAUGUCCUUGUUCCCAAGUUUGCACCCCAUUUGUUUGGUAAUAUGCCUGAGAAAAAGGAACUGCAAUCCAACUUGUCUAACUCGCAAUUCAGACAAUUUAUUCCAUGCCACUGGAAGUUGUUUCAAUCACGGCUAGUUCAUCCAGAAAUCACACUCCAUCAAUUUCAUGGUGUUUGGCGAAAACAAUUUGAUCCUGGCAUCAACAAGAUGGAUGCUAGUGUUUCAAAACAGGAGUCUCCACACUCUUUUCCAUGUGCUUUUAUUAGAUAUUCAACACUCACUCUCCUUGGUUUAAUUUGGAAGCCUUUUGAUCCUGGUAUUUUGAGGCAACUGAAGUCCUUUAUCGUGAUGUGAACUCGAGGUCGAGUUCUUUACAAGAAGAGGAGACUGAUGUAGGAGCUUUUUAAGAUAAUUUUAGUAUUUUAGUAAUUUUACUUAUUUGUAAUUGGGAUCUUUUAGGAUCUUAAUUAUUUUUUUGUUAGGAACUUAUUUAUUUUCAAUUAGGAUCUUUUAUUUUCAAUUAGGAUCUUUUAGGAUAUUAUUUAUUUUUUUAUUAGGAUAUUUUCUUUUCCUAUUUAAGCACUUGUAAGGCAUAGCCUAUGGGAGUUUUGAUUGAUAAUAAAAUUUAAGAGUUUUCUCUUCUUCUCUGGUGGAUUCCAGUGUAUUUUCUAGGGUUUUAGCGCUUGCUAAUUUCCUUUCUGGUGGAUUCCAGAAACCUUUUCCUUAGGAUUUGCGCUUGCAAUCCUAGUACGACUUCCGCUGCAUCAGAAUCCAUUCACAUAAGAAAGUGGUCUCCUUUUCUAAAAGCCAAGAAGUUUCACAUGGCAAUCGACAUGUGAAAUGAAUUGCCCCAACCAC